CAAGCUCUCCCAUACUUGCAAGCUAGGCUCCACGUCCCACCAAUGGAGGCUCCUCUCCUCCUCCCCCUCGCCACCGCCUCCUCCUCCUCCUCCGCCGCCGCCGCGGAGUCUCCCUCUUCUUCCCCUUCCAACGCCAGCAUCGUCGCCCGCGUCGUGGCCGUUCUCGCUGUUGCUUCUGUCUCGCUGUUCGCGCAGCACGAGGCCUCGAGGGGCUUCCACAUCGACGUCGUCAACGCCGCGCCGCGCGACACCGUCGCUGGCCGGCGGUUCGACCUCUUCUUCGUGUCCAAUGGCAGGGCCGAGCGCGUCCUCCACUACGCCAGCCGCGGCGUGGAGGAGGCGCUCUUCCCGGACGCGUCGUUCCCGCGCAAGCGGGUCACCCGUGUCACCGUCAAGAUGGCAGGCCACAACCUCACCGGCGACGACGGGGCGGUGGCCGCCGCCUCCGUCGACGGUGUGGCUCCCGGGGAGUACGUCAUUUCACUGAGCCCCGGGCUCAUGUACAGCACCAGCGACAAGGCCGCCGACGCCGUGGCGGCCGCGGUGCGCCGCGCCGUGGCGCGCAUGUGGUUGUGGGACGGCCGCGGCGCCGCUCCGGCUCGCGUCACGGAGGCCAUGGUGGACUACCUCGCCUCCGGCGCCAACGCCAACGCCAUCGAGGCCUCGCCGGCGGCGGACGACAACGACGCGCCGCAGUGCAUGUCGGCGCGGUUCCUUACCCACCUGGAGCGCCGCCGCGGCGGGUUCGUGGCGCGGCUGAACCGGGCAAUGAGGGACCGGUGGAGCGACGCCGCCGUGGACGCAGCCCUCGGCGUGCCCGCCCGCCCGGCCUGCGCCGCGUACCGCGCGGCGGCGGCGGCGGCGCUGACUCAGCAGCAACCACCGGCCGCGCUGGCUGGCUCCACGUCAGCCGGCGACGAUGAUUCCAGGGUGGCAAUGUGAGGCCGCCGCAACCGCAACGCAAGCGAAGGCAAGGGGCAUUUUGGGUAAACCACCACGCAUCCACGCGCGUCACGUCCCGUGUAAUUAAUCCGCCAUUAGCGACGAUAAUUAAGUACAGGGUGGGUCAUUACCUCGCCUCUAAUCGUGGUUGAAGCCGGAUUACCGGUCGCUGUCACGCUAUUUUGUAUAUGUAAUUAUCACGGGUUAAUCGAAUUAAAUUAACCCUGUCCGUCCUUGUAAAUGAUUAAUAAAUUUAUAGUGUGUGAUGCUACCAGCAGAUUUUGUGGUGAUCGGUGAUGAUACGAGAAGCUUCGAGAGGCAAAAAUAAUCUGAGACCAACACAAAAACAAAGCGAGGGCUCAAUCAUUCCACAUCGCUUUCGUCCGUUCGCAUUCGCAGUUGCUGCUGCUUUGAGCUAGUGUUUCAUGGAUGAACCAGCAAGAACAGGUGAAGAUAUUAUCUUGGACAUGAAAAAUAAUCAAAUCAAGGUUCGAGGCUGCAGUGUUAUGGCUGUCUUGUCCAUGUGGUUGCCCACAUCUGGACAGAUGGACGAUUUGCAUCUGCUUGUCCAGCUCCAUUCCAGCAGCAGGAGCAGAGGAUUUUGUUAAGGGUGACAGGCUUGCCUAAAUCGGUGAAACGUGCAGUUGCUUUUCGGAGAAUGUUUGCGUAUUCAGCAACAUGUGAGUUUUGUUUGUAAUUUGCACUCUAACAAACCAGUAACAUGGGGCUGCUCUUUUCUGCAG